UCCUAUACCCUCUUUCAACGGGUCUGCUCCAGUUGGAUUCUGGGAAAGCGCGAUGUUCAAAUUAAUUUCCUUUUUCAGUCUGUUGUUGUUCUCUUCAGAGACUAUGGAGACACGGAACAGCAUCGUAAAGACUCCACUCAACAGAGUUUUGACACAAAGACGAAGCAGAAGUUACAGGCGAUCACGGCGCAGCUGUGUUGAAGCAACAUCACACCUUGGUUACACUCCUGGCCAACUAACAGCUCUAAGGGUACCGACGAGCAGAAAAGCACCUAAGUCCCGUGAUAUUACGAAACAUGUUGACCCUGAUCAAGUGGCCCUCCUGGUCAAAGGGGAAUGGCGAUUGUCCUACGUCACCCCUCUGCAUCGUUUCAGAUACACCCUGCUGAAGUCCUACUCCAAGCAGCUGUCUGCAUAUAUUGUGUCAGAGAAGCAGCAAGGCCUGGCAGUGGAAGUGGGACCCGAGUCCGACUUCAAGGUCACCUUCUCAGUGGUGCUCGGGCUAGCGGAGACUGACGAAGAUGCAGAAACCAUUAUCAUUCAAAUUCAGUCAAGACCAUUAUUUGCAGCCAAAGACGAUUUACAGAAGGUGGUGUGGAGUGGCUGGCUGACCUGUGUCAACGGAGACCCCAUCUAUCUGCGCUCUCUACCCCUGGACUUUGUGUGCCUACCUCUGUUCUGCAGCAGAGGAGCAGAGACCCUCACAACAAUCGUCAAAUCCUGGUUCCAGAGGACCUUUGAUUGUUGCUUCGGCACUCUGGGCAUCAACUGUACCAACCUGCAGUGGCUGGCUUCUCUGUGGACUGGCUGCCACCCAGACAACAGCAUCCAGCACCUUAAACUGGUGUGGACCAUGCCCACGCUGCCUCCUAUGGAUGUGACCUACACGGUGAACUCCCAGGACGCCUGGGAGCUGUGGAACAGCCUCCGUCAAGAGCGCGAUGUCACCAACGACAGCAGUGUGGACCUACAGGAAGUGAGCCGCUUCAUGCAGGGGCUGGAAGCCCACUUUUACAGGCACUUCCGGGUCGAUCUGUCGGCUGGGCAACUGGUGCAGGUGACCACAGCGCUAGGUUCCGCUCACCACAGCGGCAAAGUCAAGAUUGACAGCAGCUACAUGACUACCAUCCUGAUGUUACUGACAGAAUGUGCUCUCCUCAAGAUGCCCAUCUAACUGGACCUUCCACAUUUGUAUAUUUGUACAAAAUACCUGUGUAAAAUGACCUUGUAAAUAUCCUAGUAUUCCCUGUGAAAAGGUAUAUGCAUUUUAAAGCAA